CUCUCUUAGCAACGUCAUGUCAGCAACGUUACUCCAUUUCACUACGUAGUCAGUGUUCUACUGACUACGCUGUGGAGUAGACGUUCUCUUAUAAUCAGUGAAUAACAAUUUCGAGAAAAUGUUUAACUUCGGCAUCCUCUUGGCAACGAUUUUGCUCGCCUCAUCGAUUCAGGAUGCAGCGUCCUACACCAAGUAUGGAAGGACAUGCAAGGACAUCGGUUGCAGAAGGGACGAGGUCUGCGUGAUGGCCGAGGAUCCCUGCUCGAUCUACCAACGCGAUAACUGUGGUCGUUAUCCUACUUGCACGAAAGCUCAUCCAGGCGAGGCCAGCUGCGCGAGCACCGUAUGCGGGGAGAACGAGUACUGCAAAACGGAAAACGGUUUGCCCACCUGUGUGAAGAAAUCGACCGCAAUCGGACGAAUAUUUUCAGGAUACGAAUCGGCGGGCGUUUCAUACGUGAACGGGCAACGUACCAGCGACGAGAAUCACGAUAAGACGAGCAGCAACAGUGCUAGCAAUUCGAACCCUUACGCGAAUGCUAACGCCCCUCCCGAGCCUGCAGGAGGAUACCGUCAAGUGAAUUCCGGCAAUUUGGGUUAUCCUAGUAACACCGGCUCUAACGCCGGAUAUCCACCAUAUCCUAGUAACACCGGAUCCAACAGCGGAUAUCCACCGUAUCCUACGAAUCAUGGAAACCGACCGCAGGACUUAGGAUAUCCGCCUUAUCCGACGCAAAACAGAAUGCCCAUGCCUGGAUAUCCUGGACAUACCAGCUAUCCAGCGUAUCCCGGACAGGCUGGCUAUCCAGCGCCGCCAGGAUACCCGCAACAGUAUCCUGGAUAUCAAAAUUAUCCGUAUCCCAAUACUCAGAAUCGUAUGCAUCACAAUAACGUGUACUCCGGUUUCCGCAGGGGCGCCGCCGCCACACACGCUUCCUCUUUCGCGAUCGUGUGUUUCACCAGUCUCGUCAUGUUUAUAGUGAACAGAUCACUGUACGCCGAUUAUUUAUAUAUUGUGCCUGCAAUUACGAAUUACGUCCAAACUGGCAGCUUGUUGCCGCGCGUCUAUCCGACAAGAAGACCAGUACAUAGGCCCACACCACCACCGAGGACAUCAUCGAAUGGAUUUGGAGGGAGAACUUCUGGUAACGCAGGAUCGAGGAACACCAUUGGAAGCGGUUCGAUUUUCGAUCGCCUCUUCGGGAAUCGUAAAUCUUACGAUGUAACAACUCCUAAACCCCCUAGUCGUCUAGGUGGCAACGGCUAUUAUGACACCCAUACAACGUUCGACGAAAACGGGAACAGAGUCUGGAGAUUCUCUGAUCUUUUAGAGGUAGAUAACGAAAUGUUCGCAGAGUUCGAGGACGGUGAUAACAAAGUAGUGGUAAGACGGCAAAGCGAGGCUGAAGGGAGUACGUCGGUUAAGGGUGGAUACCCGGCAGGAAGUGGAUAUCCCAGUUCGAAGAGCGCUCCGUCAGAGAAUCAAGGAGCGGAAGGAUCUUCGAGGUCCUCAGGUUAUCCGUCUGGUUCGGGAUACCCUUCUAGCUCUGGUUAUCCAUCGAGUUCCAGAAGCUCUGGUUAUCCUUCAAGCUCCUCGGACUCUGGAAGUUCUGGUUACCCGUCUAGGAGCUCUGGUUAUCCUUCAAGCUCUUACCCGGACUCUGGAAGCUCUGGUUACCCAUCGAGAAGUUCGGGCUCCGGUUAUCCUUCAAGCUCUUACCCGGACUCUGGAAGCUCUGGUUACCCAUCGAGAAGUUCGGGCUCCGGUUAUCCUUCAAGCUCUUACCCGGACUCUGGAAGCUCUGGAUACCCAUCGAGAAGUGGCUAUCCUUCGAGUUCUUCGGGGUAUCCCGGUUACCCGUCGCGCAGCAGCUCGGGUUAUCCUAGUGGAUCGAGUUAUCCUAGCGGGUCCUACCCAUCGAGCUCUGGUUACCCCGGAAGACCAGCGAACGAGGAAGGAGUGAAGAGAGUGGAUGCCAACUCGGUCAACGCUGCGUACCCCAGCCAGAGUCAGCCUAGGGGUUAUCCUCAAAGCUCUGGGUAUCCUGGUCAGUCUGGUUAUCCUAGUCAGGGGUAUCCUCAAGGAGGGUAUCCUCAGGGAGGCUAUCCUCAGGGAGGCUAUCCUCAAGCAGGCUAUCCUCAAGGAGGCUAUCCAGGAGCUCCGCAAGGAUAUCCACAAGGGUAUCCACAAGGGUAUCCACAAGGAUAUCCACAAGGAUAUCCACAAGGAUAUCCACAAGGAUAUCCACAAGGAUAUCCACAGGGAUAUCCUACAACUAAGAAACCUAAUUUCAGUGAUCAGUUAACUAAUAUUGCGAAAGAUCUCGCUGGGAAGGUUCUUACUCAGGCGAUUAUCGACAGAGUCGCUGCGAAACACUGAGUUGUAGUUGAUGUAGAUCAUUGUGUAGAGGACACUGAUAGUCGCACUCUCGAUGUAAUGCUCUCUUUUUAGUAAUAAA